CAUUACAAAAAUUAAUAUAAAAUUUUAUUAUGUAUAUAACUUUCAUAUUUAAGAAAAGAAUAUUAAACCAUUCCAAAUUGUUUUGGCAACACAAACACAAAUUAGGGCUCAAAUUCAUUACCUGAUUUGAAACCCCCAAAUUCCACAGUAGAACUCGGAUUCGAUUACAAUGCCGAGAGUGACACAGAUUCUGCGCACAGCUCGUAAAUCGAUUCAGGAUUUGGAUUUGCUGAAAAUCUUAGAAUCGGAGCUCAACCACGAACUCUCCUCUAUGCGCUACCAGGAUGACAAAAUUGGUUCGUUUGGAGAUUUUGUAAUGGAAUGGGAUUCUCCAAAGUCACAAGAUAUCGUUUUACGAAAAAAAUGUUCCUCGGGUGAAGAAGUUGCCGUCUCAGCAUUGUUGGGCCGCGAGACCUUUCAAGGAAGCGGCAGAUUUCCGAUGGAAGCUUUGAUGAAAAUAUGCGUAAAGAAGCCCGGUUUGAGCUCUAUCUUGCAGUUUGACUGUGUGGCAUCUAACAGAGAAGGUAGUGAAUCUGAUAUCGAAAUUCAGAGUGCACAUUACUUCCCGUCAUCUUCGUCGUGCCUCGAUUCUUCAAUUUAUAGAGGUCCAUUAUUCAGUGAUUUGGACCCCACUUUACAAAACGAGCUGAGAAAAUAUCUUGCGACGAGAGGAAUUGAAGAGAACUUUACCAACUCGCUACUCCUUCACUUACACAAGAAAGAGCAUGGUCAAUACAUGGGAUGGUUGCAGAAGCUAAAAGACAUGUUGGUCGAACACGAGUGAUGUGUACGUUAUACAUACAAAUUGGAGCAACCUCGUUUUACCUUCAAAUUUUUCCAUUACAGAUUCUCGACCCUAGCCCAUAAAUGCCGUAAGUAAUUUGUGUUCAAUUUACAGUUUUGACCACCUCUUUACUUUCACAUUAUUGAGGCAUGAUGAAUCUUUUUCGGAAAGGCCAAAUCGGAGAUUUUUCUGCUACAUUUAUUUUCAAGUCUCGUUUUUUUU